AUGAACAAAGAAAAUUGUGGCAAGGGGAUGGACCUUGAGAAGGAGAGACACGCCAUAAUGCUGGAGAACCUCUUCUAUCUUCUUUGCGGAGUGGACACCACGCAUAUGAAGAUAGGAGUGAAGGACAAGAGAUAUGCAUUGGUAGCCGAUCCCACAUAUCCUCCACAACUUGUUCUUCCAUUUGAAUCGCUAGCCAUUAAUGUGAGAGUUCUCAACAAGUUCAUACUGAAGUCACAAUACUCGUCAGACACGGUUAAGGAGAUAGUAGCAGACCACUUUGAGCAAAGGGUCAGCAAGUAUCUGAAGCACCUUAUGAGCCUGAGAAGUAAGGUGUGGAGCAUUGAGAUGCUUAUGGUGAGUCUAAGAAGUUCGAUUGAGGAGUUUGAUGAGAUGAGGGAGAUAGUAGACGAUGUCAGAAACAUGUCUGGCGUGAGGAUAUUGAACCUGCUUAAGAGAAGAAGAGACGGGACGGUCCGGUUUCUGGACAUCUAUGAUGAGCUCAUUGGCCCCUGUGUUCUAAGGAUAAAGGCAGAGGUGGAAAGCUGGGUCACUGAGGGAUUGAUGCCCUGCAGUGAGUUUAUGGUGAGGAAAAACGAGUGUCUGAGCGAGUUCACGGAAUGUGCCUGGACACACCAAUAUACUAUUGUUGAGGAGAAUGUCCCGUACUUCCUGGCGGAACACAAAGAGAUUAUCUACAACUGUGGAAGAAUCAUCAACCUCGGGAGAAGGAUCCAGGGGAAGAACAUAUUCCACGGAUCCAGAAGAGAGUACAAUCGCCUUGGGCUGACGGGGCUGAAUGCAUAUCUAAGCAUACAGUUUAUGGAGUCGUUAAGAGGCGGGCUUGAAAAGGAGUUCGAUGUGAUGCAUAGGUACCUACUAAUGAACGAGUCUUCCCUAUAUCUAGAUAUAUUUGAGGAGCUGGUGGACGAAAUGUUUUUUCCCAGCGAAAGAACGGUUGCCAAGAUGAAUGCCAUCAGAGAGUCAAAGCAUGUGGAAGGUCUUUCGUUCAUAAGAUCUGAUGUGUCGACCAACGAGUACAUUCUACAGAUUCUGAAUGCUCAGAUGCAGCCUUGCCAGAAAAGGCACUCCACAAUGCUACAGCUGCUGAGUAUCGAAUACACGCCAUCCAUUUUGAGGAACUUCCUAUCUCCGAGGACUGUAUCUGAGCUCGAGAUAGUCUUCAGGUUUUUGUUUACACUCACCAGCAUAUCAUACUAUAUGAGCAGGCUCAAAAGGUUCUGGUUUGCAAGAAUGGCGAUGAUGGUGGUUGAUAGAUUCAGAUUUUCCAUCCACUCGAGAAUGAAUCCAAUAAAGGUGGAGAAGGACAUGGACUAUGUAAGGAAUGCCUUGCUCACCAGUACAAAAAGAUGGCUUCGCGACCUGUAUCUGACAAGUGAGAAGGCGUACUAUGCAUGGAGUAGUUUUUUUGAUCUUUGCUUUGACUUUCUGGAUGUGGAGUGUAAGUCUGCACUGAGCUGGGAAGAGAUGAAACCAUUUGAAAAUAAGCUCAUUGAAAGUAUAGCAAGCCUCAAAGACAUAUUAGAAGUCACGGAGCACAACGACCUGUUUAUUCACUUCCUUGGCAGCAUUGAGUGGAUGAAGAUGGCUAGUACCUUCAUUUAA